AACUCAGCUAUCAUAGACGUUUUCAAUGAGCGAUGCUGUAACAUGAAAAAGGUUGUGUGAUGCAAGCAGAGCUUUAACUGUAACAUUACAAGUUUCCUAGCCGAUUUCCUGCAUACGCGUUCACCAUCGACUAAUUACGGUAGUUGUUAGCACUUUCUCAGAAAUAUGCUAUAGUAUAGUUAGAGUGUCAUCCAACAAGCGAAGAUGUCGCUAACUUCUAAGUCCGCAAGCGUGGAGGCAUGACAGUUCACGGCGAAAUGACAGGACUCCAUAAGCGUUGGUUGGAGCGCAGGCUUGAGAUUGAGGUCGACAAGGUCCAGGCCAAGCUCCUAUCUAAGGGCCUUACCGUACCUGAGCCAGAUGCAGACACCCUUGAGGCUGGUGCACGGCUCGCACAUUCUCAUCUACCUAAGCUAUGCAUAGAGCUGUAUGGGCGCAACCCCAACGGCACCGUAAAACCGCAACCAGAGCCCCCGCCACGAGCAGGACCUCCGCCGCCACCGACACUGGUUGAAAAAUUAGACCGGAUGCUCAAUCCAUCCAUCCUGGCGCCACUCCCAGCUGAAGUUGCCUCCGCGCAUGGGCUGCCGCUCCUGCCUCUCGACCCUCUCGACUGGCUUGGAAGCCACGGCGGCGGUCAACCUUUCCAUCCAGCAUUGGGACACCCAAUGAGCUUCACCGUGCACCCUCCGGCAACGCCACCUAACAGGCAGGCAGCACCGGGUCAGUCACGGGCAUCACAUUCCGGCGCUGGAGCAGCCGUAGCCAUGGCUUCGCCCACGCAGGUACAAGUCCACCGCCCACACAGCAGCGGAGGUGCGGCCGUCGGGGCAGAUUCCAUGGGCGUCUUUGGCAGUGGCGGCGGAGCCGGCGGCGGCGGCCCUGCCGGCGGGGCCGCAGGGGGAGGCAGCUUCACGCAGCGGACAGCCCGUAGCGCCCCACAGCCGCCCCACUGCCGACCCGACCUGCAGGGGGCUGAUGCGCGGAUCGACGACGCUAUGGCGGAGGUUGAGCGGGUAGCGAUGCAGGCCAAUGAAAUGCCAGCUCGGGAGCGCGUGCUGUACCUUGCGCGACAGGUCAACCCGGACUUCAUGUUGCCUCAGCCCCGGUUCGUGCACGCGAUGAGCAUAGCAGGCGAGCACGGCCGCAGCCGGAGAGACCUCUCGCGGAGCAGCAAGAAGCGCCUCACGAGCUUCUCCCCGGAGCCGGGCGGUUGGGCCGGGAACACCGGUGGCACUCGACAUCAGCUGCAGGGACCAGGCAGUGUGUCGCAGCGGAGGUCCUCAAGCGGGACGGAACCACGCCGGGGCCGCGAUGGCGACUCGGCCGCCGGCUCGAGCAGCGGCGGCACAGUAGCAUCUGGGGUUGCAGCAGCAUCGGACGCUUCCCUGCCGCCGCUGGCGGCCAGCGGACGUACGAGGUCCGUAAGCAUCGCCAGCACGACCACUACUAUUCUGGAUGCACUGGAUUCGGGUGGAGGCGGUGUUGCAGCAGCGGCGGCAGCAGGCGCUAUCCUUAAAGCUGAGGUAGCGGUGGAGGGAGGGCUGCCACCGCUUACUCCGCCGUCCGCCGCAGAGGCCGAUGGCAAUGUCGAAGCACAGUCAGCCGAACAGCCAGCCCAUGGUGGCAACGGUAGUGUACCUCCUCACCUUCCUCCUAUUCCUUCUCGGCGCACGAGCAGUGAAGUUCCUACUGCAAGCUCAGCUGCUGCACCUAGUGCUGCUGGGCAGGGAAGCAACGUCAACCAGAUAAUGGCAGACGCGAUGAUUUCGUUAUGGAUGGGCGCACCCAUUGACGUCAUUGCUGCAAAAGCUGCCGCGGCAGCUGCAGCAGCAGCAGAGGCAGCUGCUGCUGCAGAAGCGGCAGCUGCAGCGGCACGGGCUGCGACUCCGGAGAACUAUUACACUGCUGAGCAUGUGGACACCAACAGGGCAGCCACGUGAGCGUUAGGCAUGGCCCAACUCAACAUUGGCUUGGCUUGGCAAGAGUCUACGAUGGAAGCUGUGGCAAAGCGUACAGCUGGAACCCGCUGAGGCAUGCAUUGCAAGCUAUGCCCAGACGCCAACACAGUUGGCCCCGGAAGGUAACGUCCGGAAUGGUACGGCUUCGGGCGUAUCAGAUACAACAUACAAGUGCAGCGCAUACACCAUGUGAGGGCGAGGGUGGCGUUUCUGGAUGCAAGGCUGGAUGGACUUCUGCUGCGGCGUGGUUGCUGGAUGGCAUCAUGGGAGGGGAUGGGGGCAUGAUCACUUCUACGCAGCGACGGCUCGCAUGCACAAGCAGGUGGGUUGGCCCUGCAGGGGUUUCGCAGCAUUCGGCUGGCGUACUUGUUACUCGUGACUGUGUGUUCAGGAUGGCAAAGGACACCGCGGCUUGCGACUGCGCGUCAGGUUACGGUGGCGCAGGCCGUGGGUACUGUACGGGAGGUGCAGGAUGCUGGCGAACGCCAUUUCAUGCUGUUCUCCGAGCGGUACUGUGUUGUGGCGAGUCCUUCGUAGCGUGUGGAGCAGCGUGAGUUUCGCCAUGAACUAAAGCUAAUUUGCCAAACCUGUACUAUUGCGAAGCCAUGGUGUGUUGACUUGGCGGGUAAACCCUUGGGCUUGUAUACAAUACUCAUAAUGGAAGCGUGAGCAAGGAGUUGUAAACAUAGUUGAGGUUUAUGGGCAUCACACACUCGGUCGGGAUCUUGGUUGGGAAGACCUC